AUGUCUUCAGAAAUUGUAGCAAAUACAACUGUUCCCACGUUUCCACCACCUCCUAUUAAUGUUACCAGAGAUAAAUUGAAUGGCAUGUUACCCACUGAUGCAAUUAUUCGUGUUACCUCGUCAACAAUUUGCGGUUCUGAUUUAUAUUUAUAUAAUAAAGAAAUUCCUGGCAUUGUUAAAGGUCAUGUAAUGGGUCACGAAGAAAAAAAAGCAUUAUUAUUAUCAGAUAUCGCGUGUACUGGAUGGUAUGCCAAUGAAUUAGGAGAAAUACCAAUUGGAUUAAUGGUACUAGCAUUUGCAAAACAUCGAGAAGCAUCUAAAAUUAUUGUUGUGGAUUGUAUUACAUCCCGUUUAGCAUUUGCCAGUAAAAUUGGAACAGAAAUUAUUAAUUUUAAAGAAGUUAAAGAUGUUAAGUUAUGUACUAAAAAAGGAGGAAUUGUUAGUAUUGUUGGUCAUUUCCCUAUUGGAAUUGUUAUGAAAUACAGAAAAUUUGAUCGUAAAGAGUACAUUAGAAACAGGAGAAAGAUAACAGCAUCAAGUUCUACUACCACUAAAGUAACUGACACACCAACACCAAAACCGGCAAUAAAUCCGACGACGACGUUAUCGAAAUUGAGGAAUCAAUAA